AUGUCUACUCACUUCAAUUACCCUCCGUUAGCUUUGCAAGAGGAAUUGAAAAAAAUUGCAGAAGCCAUCGUGUCACCUGGUAAAGGAAUUUUGGCGGCAGAUGAAUCUACUGCAACGAUCGGUAAACGGUUGAGCGAAAUCGGAGUUGAAAACAUCGAAGAAAAUAGAAGAAAAUAUCGUCAGCUAUUGUUUUCUUUUGCGCCCGAACUAGUCGAGAAUCUCAGCGGAGUAAUACUCUUCCAUGAAACCGUUUACCAAAAUGCAGACGACGGGACUCCCUUCAUCGAACUCCUACGCCAGAGAAAUAUUAUUCCUGGCAUUAAAGUCGAUAAAGGCGUUGUUCCUUUGUUUGGAAGCGAAGACGAAUGCACAACCCAAGGAUUAGACGAUUUGGCUCAAAGAUGUAUUCAGUACAAAAAGGAUGGAUGUCACUUUGCAAAAUGGAGAUGCGUUCUUAAAAUUGGACCCAACACUCCAUCGGCUCAGGCAAUCAACGAAAACGCAAAUGUUUUGGCUCGUUACGCAUCCAUAUGUCAAGCCAACAGGAUAGUGCCUAUCGUGGAACCCGAGGUUUUACCCGAUGGCGAUCACGAUUUAGAGAGAGCUCAAAAAGUGACAGAAACAGUUUUAGCCGCCGUAUACAAAGCUUUAAACGAUCAUCACGUGUAUUUGGAAGGAACUUUGCUUAAACCGAACAUGGUCACACCGGGUCAAUCGUGCAAAACGAAAUACACGGCGGAAGAUGUAGCAAAAGCAACGGUGACGGCUCUUCAAAGAACGGUUCCAGCAGCAGUUCCAGGGAUAACUUUCUUAUCCGGUGGUCAAUCCGAAGAAGAAGCUUCCGUACAUUUAGAUGCUAUCAACAGAUAUCCGGGAAAGAAACCUUGGGCUUUAACUUUCAGUUACGGACGUGCCUUGCAAGCUUCCGUUCUCAGAGCCUGGGAAGGAAAAGAUGAAAACGUUAAAACUGCUCAAGACGAACUCGCCAAACGUGCUAAGGCCAAUGGUCUUGCAUGCGUUGGCCAAUAUAGAGCCGGCUCUGUCUUUAGUUUGCAAGGAAACAAAUCAAACUUUGUGCAACAGCACACUUAUUAA